AUGGCUCGCCACAUCAACCUAUUGGCUACUACAACUGGCUCGAAGGUCGUAUCAGCUUCAAAGCUUGAGAGAAAUUAUCGUUACGUUAGAGAUAAAUGGACCACGGCUGAGCUCACCGCACAACCGUCUGACCUUGUUCGCCCAGCACGAAUUCAGGAGUGCCCUGUCCAGAUGGAAUGCGAGCUAGCUAAAAGCCAUACGUUGAUGGAAGAUUUUCCUGAUCUCAAGGGAGUGGUUGUGGCUAUUGAGCUCAAGAUUCUCCGAACUCACAUCCUGGAACACCUUCGAAUGCCAGGGUAUCCUAAUCGAAUUAAUCCGGAUCGUUUGAGACCAAUUUUCAUGUGUUUCCAAGAGUUUUACGGGUUUGGGGAUGGAAAGGUGUCGGAGAGCACGCUGGGUAAGGUUGAUGAAGAAAAAUACCGAGGGCUCACCCGGAGUAGCAAAGUUGCGCUUCCCGGAGAUGGAGAUAAGGAGGCGGUUGAAGAGAAGUGGAAAAGAAUGCAGAAUGAUGUUGAAGUCUAG